UUCCACAAUCUUUCAAAACAAAGCUCAAUGUUUCGUUCUCGCGCAACCACGAAAACAAAAGUUUAUCGAUUUUCAUUACAAAAUGUUGUCUAAGAAGUGCAACUGUUUGUGUUUUUGAGGAAAAAAGUGGAAUUAUCCCGUAGUAGUUUAAGUUAUGUUGCAAAAAAUUGUUGAAAAGCCAAUCGACGUCGUCAGUAGCAGUAGCAGUAGUGUCAGCACCAGCAGCAAAAUGGAAGAGCUUUCCGGGGUAAUGAUAGUGCUCAUCAUCGGGGGCGGAGUCCUCGCGGUGACGAUCUGUUUUAUCAUCGCCAAACGACAGAUUGUCCGGUUUACGCUUCGCCAGCGACGUGGUCCCCAUGUUGCCGUUGGACACGAUGCAAAGAAGUCUAUCAAAAAGGAAAUCGAGAGACGAAUCGACUGUAUCCAAAAGAUCUACUUUGAACCGAAACUAUUGUGGGACGAUAAAACAGACGGAAAGAAGUACAUCCUGCAACCGGAUUCGAACCUACCGCCGUACUAUUAUCGUAUGAAGGCGAUGGAUGAUGUGAAAGAACUUGAGAAAGAGAUCGCCAAACAAGAUGGAUCUACUCGUCAUCCUCGGGACAGUUUGAGAGCAUUCCUCCUCACAACCUUAGCUGCACCGCUGAAUGGUUCUGGCCAAAGAUUGAUCCAUCAGUUCUGUGAUAUGUAUGAACACGCACGACACGAUCCCAAUGAAUUUGGUGAAGAGGAAUACCAAUCAUACCAAAGACUGCUGAAAAAGCUAACUGAUGCAACCAAAAUGCUCAAAUCGUUCAGUAACAGUCGCAAAUCGUCGCCUAAUCGAACCCCCGUGAAGAAGCAAAGUAAAAUGCAAUCCCUAUUGGAUCCAUCUCGUUUGCGACCUCCGCCCAUGAGUGGCACCGGGGUUGGCGGGGGAGUGGGUGGCCCAGGAAGUGAUGGAGGCAAUCACAAUGCCCGAUUGAAUCUGUCUCUGGGCGUUCAGUUGCAGCACCAACAGGAACAGCAACAGCAGCAGCAACAGGAAAUAGACGAAAACGAAAUACUCAGCAUCUCACAGUACCAUGGAGAAACAGAAACCUUCGCCAUACACAGGUCUUUCAAAGAUUGAAAUGGUUUAGGAUGCGAAUUAGCAGGAAAUUCAUUGUAAGCUCUAUUAAAAUUAUUAAUAUGCAUAAUAACAGCUUCAAUCAGCUAAAA